CUUAACAUCAGGUGGGGAGGAGUCAUUUGUCGGACCUAUCUAUAAAAUAAAAGGAAGCCGAUAUAUCUCACAGGCAUAUAAUGUUCUUUUUAUCAGUCGUAUUAUGACAUAUUUUUGGCCAUUCACUCUUUAUUAGUAUUCGGAAGCCAAGACAAAUAGAAUGUUCUUGAUUGCAUUAGUUUCAUCAGGUAAUAACAGUAUUUUUAAUUUACUUACGACAUUAUCGGAAGCUCUAAUAGCGGUAAAUAAACAACUUACAAUAAAAUAAUUUGCAAAUUCCAGAUACGUUGCUCAUUUAGUUCUUUCGUUACGUUAAACAAGAAAAGUUUAGAUAGAUAUUGCGUUUGUUUUUUUCUCAACAUACAUAUACAUUUCAGAGUAAUACAAUUAAAAAGAAAAAUGAAAAGAUACAAGAAAUCGGCUAUGAAUACCCAUAUGUAUGCUGCAGAAAACAAAAGGCCAAGGCUCCGCUAAAUAUUUGCCAGUUUUAAGGCAAAACACCCAUUUUCAGCCAUCACCUUCGUCAGUUUCGUCGCUUAACGAUUAAAUAUAAUAUAGUGGUGUCAAUUCUGGCAUGAUUCUCUAAGCUUAAAACGAAAUAUAGCAUCAGGCUCUCCUUUACAUUCUGUAUAGAGAAUGACAAAAAUAUACUGUUGACAAAUUUAAGUUUGGGUUUAAAUAAUGAUGCUAGAAUCGACACCAUUGGAUCUUUAAAAAUGGAGUAUUUGUUGACUUCUUUUGUCUUGUUUAUCAGCUUUAGUAUUCAUUGAAGCAUUGACUUAUUCUUGCAUGUUUGCUAGUUGUUACUUCACGUUGAAUUCAUUAUCUGUAAUUCCGCGUUGAAUCUGUACGUUAUCAGUUCAUUAUUCACCGGGUGCUCUCGACGCGGUCAGCAGCCUGCAGUCGUCAGCCGUUAGCGGUCGGCCACACCGAGGCCGCGGCCGUGACUUUGACCCGCGCCUAGGGUUACCAUCUGAUUGGAUAUAUCUGGUUUGGACCGGAUUUUAUUAGCUUCCACCGGACUCCGUCCGGAUUUCGGAUUACACCUUCACUUUCGCGAAGUUACCACAUAAAUAACUUAGAAGUUGUAAAAUAAAAUUAGUGGAGAUUCAUAUUUUUUAAAUAUAUGUAGGUAUAUAUGUAUAAUAAUACCUUUGUACCUACAUUUUUUUUAAGUAGAACUAUUUAUUUUUACUCUUAGACCGGACUUUUGAUCGUAAAUCAGGAUUUUUAACAUGUUACUACCGGAUUUCCGUAUUUAGGUCCGGGUAACCCUACCAGCACCGCACCCGCCUCGCCGCCGCAACACAGACCGAUACAACCGCAUCGAUACAAUUCGAGCCGAUUGCAGUUUUGUUUCUGUUUACAAUCACGACAACAUUAUCCAUUGUUUUGAUUACAUAAAAGGUUUAUUACGUUUUCGUUUUCAAGUCUGAAACAAUGAAAAAGUUUCUAUCCCAAUUAAGAAGUUUUGUUGAGGAAUGAACGAACGGGCCAGGCAGUCUAAGCUCAAUCUUAUGAUGACAACGUGACUCACCGACGCCGACGACGGCGGGCGGAGGUUCCCGCAUGUUACGAUGUUGCCCUUGGUUGGAGUGUUUAGCGGCGUAGCGUUCGGCGGCGGCGGGAGAUGAAGGCUCACAGGGAGUCGGUGUCGCGGGGAUGGGCCGGGGGAGGAGCACGUGUGCGACGGCGCGGGCGUGCACGUUGCCUGAGAGCGUGCCUAGAGCGCACGUGGCAGUGAGCGUGCGCUGCGUGCGAUGUGCCGCUCCUGCUCAAUCCUGCCGCGCACCUCAUCGGGAGCGGUCGUGUUAUCAGUCAAUAACGAAGCAACGAUUGAGUGUGUAAGGGCGGAAAGGAGCGGCGCGUGCUCGCGAUGCUGGCCGGCGCGCCGCCUAGAUAGACACGGUUAUAUCGACAUGGGCACUCAUACGAUGACACCGCUUGAUCCCUGGCAGGAGCUCGGACCCUUGCCGCCCGGCCCGGAGCGGUCUUGCUUCCUGCCGCCGGCCCCGCCGCACUACCAUCGCCGGCUCAUCUCGCCGCUCUCAGGUAAACUACAUAUGCAGGCACACACAGCCUUAUGCAUGCGCUGCGACAAACGAGGAAAAUCGUUACCGGUGUAA